AUGCGGGCGAUCCAUAGGUCCCUGCCCAUGCUGGCAGAGAGAGAGCACCACCUCUGUCUACCGCCUCUGACCGCCGACAAACGUACCCGCAGGCAGGCAGGCAGCCAGGCAGGCGGGCAGCAACGCCCUGCUGCAGGUCCGGGCGCAGUGGGCGCAAUUCGGCAGCGGAAGCCGAGCGCCGGCGCCGGACUCGCACGCGGUCCCUGCCUGCUUGCCUGGCCUUCAGCUCAAGGCACACGAUCCGUACCGUGCGUACCCACGCCCGCGAGGAUGACAACGACAAGCAUACGCCGCAAAGGCAGCCUGCCCGGUCGAUCCCGAGUACAAUGCAGCGUAGUGAGGGGCGAGCAUGCUCUCUGGCUGACUGUAUGUACGUCGCGUACACCUCACGGCAUGGGCAGCGUCGAUCGGCCAACGAUGGGACGACAACCGCCGACUUUCGGGUACGCUGCCCGCCCGUCGGUCCCCCUCGGAGACGGUCUGAACGAGCGAGUACAUGGGAUAGGCUCGACGCGACAUGCGGUGGACCUGCUUAUCGAUGGCGCGGCGCCAUCUGCGUAG